GACCUCGGGAAAAACAACCCACGUCCCAUAUUCUCCAUCGUCCACCACGACAUGACAACGGGGAUUUUAAAUUACUCCUAGUUCAUAGCUACAUCAGCAUUUAGGUGAGUUUCUAAAGCGCAUCAACUCAAACCAGCGAACGAAAUCGGUCUUUUUAAGCACCGCUAUGCCAGAACAAAGUAAUGAUUACCGGGUGGUUGUGUUUGGAGCCGGUGGAGUGGGCAAAAGCUCCCUGGUCCUGCGCUUUGUGAAGGGAACCUUUCGUGAAAGCUACAUCCCCACCGUCGAGGACACCUACAGGGAGGUGAUCAGCUGCGACAAGAGCAUCUGCACGCUUCAGAUCACGGACACCACCGGCAGCCACCAGUUCCCCGCCAUGCAGCGCCUGUCCAUCUCCAAAGGCCACGCAUUCAUCUUAGUCUACUCAAUCUCCAGCAAACAGUCUCUGGAGGAGCUCAAGCCCAUCUUUGAGCAGAUCUGCCUGAUUAAGGGAGACAUCGAGAACAUCCCGAUCAUGCUGGUGGGAAACAAGAACGACGAGCUGAACAGCCGUGAAGUGGAGAGCGGGGACGGAGAGGCCACGGCCAAGAGGUGGAAGUGUGCCUUCAUGGAGACCUCAGCCAAGACCAAUCACAACGUCAAGGAGCUGUUUCAGGAGCUUCUGAACCUGGAGAAACGCAGGACUGUGAGCCUUCAGAUCGACGGCAAGAAGAGCAAGCAGCAAAAACGAGCGGAGAAGCUUAAGGGCAAAUGUGUGGUCAUGUGAAAACAAAGUGUGUUUGGAAAACCAAAGUGUUUUGUUGAUGGCGUUAAUGCACAGUUUACUCCUGGAGACAAGAACGCUGGAAGAGGAGCAAGGAUCGAGUGGGACAACUGUUGUUUACUCGGAUAUCUUAAAGAAAGAGUUCACCUAAAAAUGGAAAUUUGGUAAACCGUUAAGGUUUUAUUUCUUCUAUGGAACACAGAUGUUAAUUUUUUUUAAGAAGAAUGAGAGAUCUUUUCCAUAUUAAGUAGACGGGGUAAUGUCCAAAAUGACAAACAGCAGUUCAUAUGACUCAUGUGCAAUAUUCCUGAAGUCAUCCGCUUAUCUUAAGUCAAUUUAUGAUACUUUUAUGAUGCCUAUUCAUUUAGGAGCCUUACUGCACUAGUCCCAUCCACCAACAUCAUAUGCAAUUAUGCAAAAGACUAAGCAACAUAUACAUUUAGAAUGGAGGACAAAUAAUAAGUCAAUGCUUCUCUAACAAAUGUUUGCAUUCAACUCUCUUUCUCUUUUUGAGUUUCUUGGUAGAACGCAAGAGUUUUUGCGAGGGAACGCAAAGUUUAUCUUGGGAAUGCAAAACAUUUGCGAGAGAAAGCAAAAGCAUUGACAAACUAUUUUUCCUCCUUUAGGGGCUCCGUAAAGAAAUGCCUAGAGAACCAAUGUUCAUAAAGUUUUAAAGCAGUGGUUACUUCAGAAUUCAAAUUUCCUGAUAAUUUAUCAUCUCCAUGUCAUCCAAGAUGUUCAUGUCUUUCUCUCUUCAGUCGAAAAGAAAUGAAGGUUUUUGAGGAAAACAUUUCAGGAAUUUUCUCCAUUUAGGGACUUCGAUGGGUAUCAAUGGGUUGAAGGUCCAAGUUGCAGUUUCGGUGCAGCUUCA